UGACGUCUCUCAGCCUGUAGGUGAGGACGCAGCCGGAGUCGCUAAAAGACAAACAGGCGCUGGACGCGUCUCGUUGCGCAGGUCGUAACAAAGUUGGAAUGAACCUGUUUUUACAAGGACAGCUAGUGACACCAUGGAGAACCAAACCCAGAUCAUUUGCUCUGAGCUUUUUCAGAAGCACAGGAAGGUAGAAGUUGCCCUCUAUCCUGCUCUUCUCACCUGGAAGGAAAUUGAGAAAAGCAGAAAGCGGAGCUCUGGCGCAUCUGAAGCAGAUCAAGGCCAUGAAAUUAAAGUGUGUGAAAUCGUGGCAAUCCACAAAGCAGAAGAUGAAGCUGAAACUCAGACCAGGAAGCAUCCGAAGAGAAUAAAGCAGCAUUCCCAGCAGUAUCCCUAUGCAUUCACAGUUGCUUAUGUGAGGAGAACCCAGCAGCACCUGUGGCGUUGCAGCGAUGUCACCUUCCACUGUGCCGACCAGCAGAUCUGUGACCAGUGGAUCCAAGUUACAAAUGAGCAGCUGUCAUUACUCACCAACCGACCGAAGAACCUCUUGGUGUACAUCAAUCCGUAUGGGGGGAAGCGACGCGGGAAGCACAUUUACGAGCAGAAGGUGGCUCCGGUGUUAAGGCGGGCCGGUAUCUUUACAGAUGUGAUUGUUACAGAGCGGGCUAAUCAUGCCAGAGACCACUUGAAAACAGAGGCCAAUCUAGACGAUUAUGAUGGGGUGGUGUGUGUGGGCGGAGAUGGGAUGUUCAGUGAGAUCCUUCAUGGGCUGGUUACCAGGAUCCAGACUGAUCACAACAUCGACCAGAACCAACCGGAUGCGGAGUUGGUGCCAUGCCCUUUACGUAUAGGCAUCAUUCCUGCAGGGUCUACCGAUUGUAUCUGCUUUGCCACAGUGGGAACAAACGAUCCAGUUACAUCUGCCUUACACAUCAUUGUCGGUGAUUCUCAGCCAAUGGAUGUAUGUUCGGUUCACCACAACGACGUCUUCCUCAAAUACUCUGUUUCUCUGCUUGGGUAUGGUUUCUAUGGCGAUGUUCUAACAGACAGUGAGAGGAAUCGGUGGCUUGGUCCUGCUAGAUACGACCUGUCAGGGUUUAAGACCUUUCUGUGUCACAACCACUACGAAGGCACAGUUUCCUUUUUACCAGCAGAGGACAACGUGGGACAUCCGAGGGACAAGCUGCAGUGUCGAUCUGGGUGCCGCAUCUGUCAACACAAGCACUCAUCAAAAGACGAGCACAAUGAGGUGUCGGAGGAGAAGGAGAAGCCAGCUGAAGAUGGCGAAGGAGACUGGAGUGUGAUCCAUGGUAAGUUCAUUGCCAUCAACUCGGCCAGCAUGAGUUGCGCCUGUCCUCGGAGUCCAAAAGGCCUGUCGCCCUCCGCCCACCUCGCUGAUGGCACCACAGACCUGAUCCUGGUCAGGAAGUGUUCCCGUCUGGACUUCUUCAAGCAUCUUCUUCGACACACCAACAAUGAUGACCAGUUCGACCACUGGUUUGUGGAUGUCCACAGGGUGAGAAAGUUUCGUUUCCAGCCCUGGCACCAUGAGCUUGUCCCUGUAGAAGAUCAGAGCGAGCAUCCAGAGAAUCCAGACCUAAGUCCUACUUCCUCUCUCCAAGAAACCUGUGACUACAGCACAGCCGAGAGCAGCUGGAACUGCGACGGCGAAAUCCUGCAUCACGCUGCCAUUCAAGUCAGUGUCCAGUGUGGACUAAUCAGGCUGUUUGCUCGGGGAAUCGAGGAGCAGCAAGACGCAGAGGGGGCUGUUUGAAGACAUUUUGUCCAGCAUUUUUUCUGAAGACAAGAACUGCAAAGAACAGAGACUUAAAGUUCCUGAAAAAGCACAUCUAAUUUCUAUGUUUCAUUUCCAGAAAAGGGUCAAGAUUGAGACAUUUUGAACCCAAAUGAACGUAGCCCUUAUUCCUGGUUUGAUGAUGUCCUCAAAAAUCAGAACUGUUGUAAUAGCUUUUGGAUUAAGUUGGUAUAAAUGUGAUUCACUCUACCCAGUUAGUGCACUUUUACAACAAAACAAAAACAAAGAUGUGAAAGCUCAAAGCAGGAUGAAACGGAGCUGGACUCAAGCUGCAAUGAAAGAGAACCAAAAAAAAAAAAACAUCCAGCUCCACAUGAAGACAGAAAGAGUGGAACAGAGAUGUGAACAUAAUGAAGAAGGAUCUUUGUGAAGUGAUAAACCAUAGAAAAAUCAAAUGCACUUAUGUGAGCAAUAUUAUUUCCUUUUGGAGGUUUUUCAUGUUCAAGUGAAAGCUUAUAUCUGCCAAAGGCAGCAAUAAAAAGAAUUGAAUACCCUAACAGGACCCUGGUGGCUGCUGGGUGAUGAGGAAAGGGCUCGCUGAAUGACCUGGAGUGUCUCAGCACUGCUGUGCUGCACCUGUGGCUCCGAGGCUUGCUCAGAGAACCACUCACAGUUUAAUUAUCACCUGGGAUCAGCCAAAUUCCUGCAUUGUUAAUGUUAUUACAGACAAUCUUUCCCUCUGAUCCCAAAUCAGCCUCACUUACCUCUCCUAAGUUACAGGUGAAUGCGGUCUUGAACCCAUAGUGGUAAAGUACAAAAGAAUAAACAUAUCAAGCUGUACUUCUGCUUCUUAUAGAGAUUAAUCAUUAUGUAGCUCUACACGCACACACAGUGUAUGUAUGCAAAAGGUGAAAUAUAGUUUCCAGCAUCCCUGCAGGGAUGUGCAAUUAUUGAUGAGUGUGAAUGUGCAGAUGUCAUGAGUGAGCUCUUUCCAAAUUAAACCCAGAGCAAGCAUUUUUUUUAGAUGCCCUCGUUUAAGCCAAGAGCUGUCCGACACCAACUGACUUAGAAAAA